UCCUCACUUCGCCUGGUCGACAGACUGGACGCACCACCGCACGCUCCGGGAAUGGGAUCUUUACUGGGUUCAAAGAAAAACUUCCAGUUCUUCCGAGUGUACGCUCUGCAGAAGCUACUCUUCAAACUGCAGGGAUAGCAAGUUGUGAGCGCAGGUGCAGGGUGAGCGCAACAGACAGCCGCCGGCCAAUGAUCUCCAAGACGCAGCAGAAGUUAUCCGAUUGUCAGGGAGCUUCAGACGACAGGAGUCAGCACAGUGUCAUAGAUUGGGCUCUGUUUGAUUUGAUUAAUCAUCUGAUUAAUCAAAUAUUCGUGCGUGCCAGAGUUAUUUCAACCGAGGGGUGAGCCAAAUCGUCGUGCGUAAAGUUGGAGCUUUUACGCACGGAUCAAAGUUAGUUCCAGAGGGCGUCGAAUGCAAGAAAGUGUAAAAGUCCACAGAUUGGUUCACUUUUAGAGUCUGUGAGAAUAUCAGCAGUCAUGGCGAAGUGGUUCAGAGAUUUUCCCAUUAAUCUGAAGAACGGAAAUGAAAGAGUCCGCUCGGCCUCCGAAUCUGGUCCGCAAACUCGACCCAAACCUUCGUUCUCUCGAGACAGCCUGAAAGGAAAUCAGCGUAAAGAUGGAGGAGUUGGGGGCUUAUUGGCUCUGAGAAAUAGGAAAAAUUCAGCUACAGAAUUGGGUCGCAACAACACCGGCUCAGGUGGGACGAUGUGGGACAGUCUGGCACCUGGAAAAGGUCGCAAGAACUCCAAGAUCGAGGCGCCAGACGAGAACCGGCAGGUCAGGACCUCCAGUCUGGCGCAGGCGUACAUCAGCAGGAUGAUCAAAGUGGACAAACAGGAGAAGACCCCCAAACUGAACGGGAUAACUGAGCAGAAGCUGCCGGAGAACGAGAAGGGGAAGCCAGACAUAAAAACAACACUGAUCAUCCUGGAGGACUAUGCAGAUCCUUUUGAUGCAGAGAAAACCAAGGAGCAGAGGGAGGCUGAGAGGGCCGGGAUGAAUGACGGCUACAUGGAGCCUUAUGACGCCCAGGUCAUCAUCACAGAGGUUCGCCGGCGAGGCUCCAAAGACCUCCUGAAAGUUUGUGUCCUGCUGGACCGAGGCCAGAAACAAGGGAAGGUCGAGGAGGGGACGCCGACGCCCCCCAACAUCUACGACACGCCGUACGAAGGCGGCCUGCAGGGCGACGCCGACGGGGUGUGGAUCCCCGUCACACGACCCGAGUCCGACGUCCGUCCGGCCGGCGAGUACGAGCUGCCCUGGGAGUGGAGGAAGGAGGACAUCGUGAGAGCGCUGUCAGCUCAGUUUGAGGAUUGUUCUCACAGCAAGGAGAACGGUUCCACGUCCGUCCGGCAGCAGCAGAACCAGCAGCAGCAGAACCAGAACCAGAACCAGAACCAGCAGCAGCAGAGCCUGAGGCAGAAGAACUGGAGCCCCAGAUCCCUUAUCCCUGCCUCUCCCUCGUCCUCCUCCUCCUCAUCCUCCUUUCCGUCCUCUCCCAUUCUUAAACUCUCCCCCCUCACCCCGUCGCCUCCUUCCUUCCCCACCCUGAAGCUCUCACCCCUCUCACCCUCCUCCAGCCCUAACAAACUCUCCCCUCCGUCCCCCACGUCCCCCGCUGCCCCGAUGGACGGGGAGACGGCCAAAGUGGAUCCGAGUCUGCAGCUGGAGAAGCAAAGCUGGUACCACGGCAGCGUGAGUCGGCAGCAGGCCGAGGCUCAGCUGCAGCGCUGCAGGGAAGCCAGCUUCCUGGUGCGAGACAGCGAAUCAGGAACCAGCAAAUACUCCAUCGCUCUCAAGACCAGUCAGAGCUGCGUGCACAUUAUCGUGGCCCAGACUAAGAGCAGUAAGGGCUUGGUCUACACGCUGGACCAGAGCAGCUGCGUCUUCUCCAGCAUCCCUGAGCUGGUCCAUCACUACUGCUUCCACAGACUUCCCUUCACCGGAGCCGAACACAUGACGCUGCAGCAUCCCGUGUCCCGGCCACAGCGAACAUGAAGGACACAAACACGCAGCUGAGACAUGUUUCCCAGAGACUAUGGGUUGAGGAGGAAUUGGAAGUUUGUCAGCUUAGACCUGGUGUCAUUCCAUCAGUGUUAAACUUCCCGGCUCAUCUUGGAAGAGUAUGUGCCAGAAAGACCACAACCAAGCAGCCUUGAGAUCUUAGACAGCGUCUCCCUGAGGUGGGUGUCAACAGUGUUCACAGUCAGGUCUGUGGUAAUCCUGUCAAAAAACAAAACAGAAAAAAAUCUAGAUUAUAAAUCAACAUGUAACCAAAGCACUCUGUGUAUAACGCCAUAGUAUAGGAUGUAGUUCAGAAAAUGUCAAAGUAUAGUAUGCUUUACUCAAGAAUAACAUAGUAUGGCCUGUAGUUCAUAGUACAGCAUGUUGGCAAGAAAAAAAACAAAACAUAGAUUAUUAUGUGGUUCAAAAAGCGCAAAAUGAUAGGAUGUUGCCUAAAAUUGUCAUGUAUCAUAUGUGGUUCAAAAAAUGUCAUAGUGCAGUAUAUUGUCAAAAUAGUAUGUAAUUCAAGAAAACAUCAGAG